AGUCUAUUAGAUAAUCUUCAUUGUUUUUGAAAUUAUGUGACGUCUUGAUGUUUUGGUUUUUAUCUUAUUGCUAGAAAACAGAACAAUUUCUGCUCUGUAAAUAAGUUUAAGAUCACGAAGCAGGUGACUUUGGAAUCUGUGUACAUUUAAGUGACGCAAUAACCAUAAUAGGAAACAAAAUCGCAAAAAUCCACUCGUUAAUAUUAAAUUUCGAAGCAUUUUCUUAAUGCUAUAGGGUUAAAAAAUAAUUCAUAAAACGAGGAAGUAUUUUGACAAGAAACAUUCUUAUCUCGCCGGCUUUGUGAAGUAAAGAAAAUGAAUUUCUUAUGUAAAUUUACUCUUUGCGAUGCAUUAAGAAAUUUACAUAUUUAUUUUAUCUCUCAGUUAUUAAUGAAUUUGACUUCUAUCUAACUUUUACGGAAAAUGGUUGCUUUGAAAAAUCUACUUCAGUUUGUUUUAUGUAUUGUAUGUUGUCACCACACUGAAGAGGAAGCGUGAGGUGUGCCUGAAGCAAAGGGCAGCGAAUGAAGUGAUACGAUAAUUGCAGACUAUCAGGAAAAUGUGUGUAAUCGUGAUAACGAUAAUUUGUGUCUAUUUUAGAACCACGAAUACUAUCUGAGGCACGCUUUUUUGGCUGGAAAAUGUCUCCGGAAACGCUAAACGUGCUCGCGAUCGUACACGUGGUGUCAGCAUUCUUCGUGGAAGAAUUCACCGGCGAAAAUGUUGGUGAGGACUCGUCGAAGGAGAAUAAUUCGACAGAUUGUGAUUUCCUAACUGCGGCACCUGAAGACGUCCCGAGGACGGGAAUAGAUAUGGACACGAUCACCAUCAUUUGGUACUUCUCGACCUUCGUGGCUCUCGUGGCGUUCUUCGUCGUGAUGGCGUGCUCGGACAAUUACUGCGGCCGCCCAAGGAAGCCUGAGGAGCCCCCAACGACCGCCCCACCUACCCCGGCGCCGUCGUAUAGGGAGUUCGCGCCGCCCAGCUACGACAGCGUGAUGAAGCGGUACAAGAAUCGCGUAUUCAUCGUGCCCGUGAGCGAAUCCAACACGGAUCAGGCGCCACAAGUGCAGGAAGUUGUGAUUCAGCCGGAGGAGCGCGUCACGAACUCGUCCGACGGCACGGAAGUCGCCCAGAGCCAGACUCAAGUGGAGAGGUUUUAGCUACGCCCGCAGCUUGUGGUAAUCUGCGUGGAUUUGUGGCUGUUAAGCAUGUUUCGGAGACCCUCUUCAUUAUCACUGCGUCGAACACCAUAUUUCUUCUGGGGCGCUGAUAAAAGGUGUGAGUGGACAAAAAAAAGAGAGCGAACCAGGAAAAACCCAGAGAAGUUUACGUGCAGUGCUGUGAACUGUGACAUUGGGAAGAAGAGAUGAACUCGCGUGUGACGAACGCAAAUUCUCGAUGAACGCCUGAGUUUUGAAGAAAAGACUGACAAAUAAUGUUAUCACUAUUUCCCCGCCACAGAACAAAUUCCUCAAUUGUGAUAGUGCUGUUCUCUGUGUCGGUCCAAUGACGUUCGGACCUGGGGCGCAACUGCCGAUGUCUCAGGUGCGCUACCUCUCAAUGUGCAUCUGGAAGAGUUGCAAACUGUGCCAUUUCUGUCGAUAUUCAUACCCAAAGCCUUUGUGUCCUUAACGAUAAACUGUUUUUAACAAAUUAUUCUUUUAUACAAUAACAAAGUUCAUAUACUGUAAUUAUAGCUUAGGUGGAAUAAAUGUGAGAGAAAGA